AGAGAGAGAGAGAGCUACGGCGAAGCGCGCGUGUUCGCGGCGGCCAAUGGCGUCGACGGUGAGGCGGGCGUUCCGGUGCAUCCUCGACGGCCUGCGCUCCCUGCCGCCUCGCCGCCGUGCGGGUGGAGGGAGAUCCUCCAAGGCGCCCCGCGUCGUCGUCAUCCGCCGGUUCGGCAGCAAGGAUCGUCGUCGGGCCAGCACGUCGGGCGGAGGGACGCCGCCGGCGGCGGGGGCGGCGGCGCCCGUCACCAUCCGCGUGGCGACCUUCAACGCCGCCAUGUUCUCCAUGGCGCCCGCCGUGCCGCCAUCGGCUCAUGACGACGACGACGACGACGGCGAGGGCUGCUCCACCUGGCGCCGGGGCACCAGUACCACCCACGGCGGCAGGUUGGCGCGGCGGCCAAAGAGGGGAAUCCUCAAGGGGCAGAGCAGUUCGAGCGCGAGCACGAGCGCGGCAGCGCCGCCGUCCCCUGGCGGCGAGCGGCGGCGGCGUCACGUGUCCAUCAGCGUCCCCAACGACGAGAUCACCCCGGACGCCAGCGCGCGCCUGGUCACGAGGCAGCAGGGCACCAGCGGCGGCAGCGGCAGCGGCCGUUGGCGGUCGGUGUUCGGGGCGGUGUGGGAGCACCAGCAGCAUUACCAGCAGCGGCGGCAGAGGCAGAAGCAGAAGCAGGCGCAGAGGCAGGAGCGUCCAACUCCGACUCCGACACCGAGGAGCAACAGCGCGGCGCGGCGGCGCAGCGUGGCGGAGGUGCUCCGGGAGGCCGGCGCGGACAUGGUGGCGCUGCAGAACGUGCGGGCAGAGGAAGGGCGCGGGAUGCGGCCGCUGUCGGAGCUGGCCGAGCGGCUCGGGAUGCGCUACGUGUUCGCCGAGAGCUGGGCGCCGGAGUACGGCAACGCCGUGCUCUCCCGCUGGCCCAUCAAGCGCUGGAAGGCGCACCGUCUCGCCGACCACUUCGACUUCCGGAACGUGCUGAGAGCCACCAUCGACGUGCCGGGAGCCGGGGAGGUGAGCUUCUACUGCACCCAUCUGGACCACCUCGACGAGGGCCUGAGGAUGAGGCAGGUCAACUCCAUCCUGCGCUUCGCCGGCGGCCGCCACCACAUCCUCGCCGGCGGCCUCAACGCGCUCGACGCCACCGACUACUCCGCCGACCGCUGGGCCGCCAUCGCCAAGUACCACGAGGAGAUCGGCAAGCCGGCGCCGAAGGCGGAGGUGAUGAGGCACCUGAAGGCGAAGCGCUACGUCGACGCCAAGGACUUCGCCGGAGGAGGAGCGCGCGAAACGCUGGAGGUCGCUCCCGGUGGCCAAGAUGUGCAGGGGACGUGCAAGUACGGCACGAGGGUGGACUACAUCCUGGCGUCGCCCAGCUCGCCGUACAGGUUCGUGCCAGGGUCGUACGCCGUCGUCCCGUCCAGGGGAACCUCGGACCACCACAUCGUCAUGGUGGACGUCGCCGUCGCCGCCUCCGCCGACGAUGGCGCCGCCGCCGCGGCGGCGCGGCGGCGCAGGAGGCGGAGGGUGGUGAAGAUGACGAGCAAGGGCUCGACGAGCGGGCUAUUCGAAGCCUAGAUAGGUGGAUUUGGGCUAUAUGUAUUUGUUUUGGGAAUUUGGGGGCCCAGCAGAGAGGCCCGUUAACAAAUCCUCCCCGAUCGUUGGCCUGGGCAGAAUUUAGAUCGUUUUGGGGUCUAAACUUACCGCCGAGUCUGUUUUUCAUCACUUAACCAAAAUAUCAAAAAUGUAUACCCUAAA